GGCCGUCCACCGAUGUGCCUGACGAUCCUGACAAGACAACAGGCGGCGGUAUUUCCUUGGUUUCUGUUGUCCGCCUACGGGGGCAACGUAUUAUGUCCCGACUUUCCGGAGGAUUCUAACCGGGACAGACAGUGUCCCUUCUUCAAGCACCGAAGCGGGGGUCUCUGGCACCGGCGCCGACACUAGACGCCUCGGGGCGGAGCACACACUGGCCGUGGGGGAUGGGGGGGGGGUCCUCGCGAGUGGCGCGCUCUACAAAAUGGAACGCGAGCGUGAGCCCCACGCUGUUCAUUGAGGAAGUCGGAGUCAGGUGUCUCUUCAAGCUGAGGGGCCACCCACCACCACCCCAUCUUGGUGGUUCCUCCAGGAGUCAACAGCCCCCUCAUCCUUCUUGCUGUGACCAUGGCCGAGAGCAUGAUGGGGCUGGCGCACCACUACUGGCCAUUGCACAGCACUUCAAGCAGAAGCCCAACGAGCACAUGAUCGCCUGGAUCCUGCAGGUAUAUGACCAAGGCAGCUUGGCCCUGGCCCUGAAUUCCCAGGAGCUGGCACUGCUGGGUGACCUGACCAGCAACACCAUCUUCAACUGCCUCUACAAGGGUCUGCGGGGCAGCCACAAGGCGCUACUCACCUGGCCACUGCAGGCCUGGCUCCAGCGCUGGCAAUCCUUCCUGCACUUCGAGGUCACCGAGAUGCCCUUCAGGUCCUGGACCACCAUGGAGCAGUGCAUCCAGCUGGCCCGCCAGCUGAGCAUGCUGGAGUGGAUCUACCGUGAGCCUGCAUCUGAGCAGGCACCAUGGCCUACACCUGAGGACAUGCCCUUCACACAGGGCCUGCGUGGGCGCCUGCUGGCGCUGGCCAGGUCCUCCGAGAUGCAGCUGUCGCUGGUCAGCCUGCCAGUCAAGGGCAUGACAGUGCUGGAGGUGAUGAUGGAGGUCCAGGGCAGACACCAGCUCAGGGACCUCCUGAGCUGGCUCCUGAGCCGUGACGUGUUCAAGGAGAGGGUGGACAAGCAGUCCACCAAGGUCCUCCUGGACCUGUACGUCAAGGAAGCCACACGUAGCCGCAGCCUCCCAGCCUACAUGCUGGAGGAGGAGCAGCCCCCGCCUCCCCGCUACUCCAUCAGGGCCUGUGGGUAGGAGCCCAUGGCUCCUUACCUGCCUCUGGGCCCUAUCUAGGAGCCCUAGUUUCCAGGGCAGGGAGAUGCAGAGUCCCUUGAGGGACCGCCCACCUGUUUUGUUUUUAAGGUGUAAGAGUUGAGUAUUUUUUUAAUAUAUAUAUUGAUGGAGAUAGAAACAUCGAUGAUGAGAAUCAUUGAUUGGUUGCCUCCUACUGGAGAUCCAGCCUGCAAGCCAGGCAUGUGCCCUUGAUCAGAAUCGAACCAGGGACCCUUCGGUCCGCAGGCUCUAUUCACUAAGCCAAACUGACUAAGGCUGAUCUUGAGUUUUUUAUGGGCAAGCCACCCUCACCUAGUUUUGAGGAGCCCAGAAGAAUAAGGUGUCCUUGCCCCAAGUAGCUACCUCAUGGGUGUCACUGGCUGGCCACAGUGGUUCUGUAGAGAACGCAGCAGGCCUCUUACAUCUCAGCUGAAAUAGCAUGUUGGGUGGGCACCCCUCAGGCCCCCAAAGCACUACAGGCCCAGCGGGGAGACCCCAUGGCCUACAACAUGAAGUUUGCCCUGUUUUUGUUACUUGUUAAUGCAUUGUUUUUACUUAAUACUUGAAGCAUAUACAGCACUUUGGUUUUAAGCACA